GUAUGGAAUUGUCACCCUAGCAGCGUGCCCGCGGUUUGUUUACACGUUCGCGUCAAAAUUUGUACACAAAUCCACAAAAACCGUUGCUAUUUUGGUGUAGUUUUAUACUUUUAUAAAAUACGUAAAAAUGUACACAUUUUUAGUGAAAAUUGUGUGAUAUGUUGCCUAAAAAGUGCUAAUUUUUGGUAUUUCCAAUAUGGACAUCGACGCGCUCCAUUCGGAUUUGCGCAAACGCCUCAACGUGCUCGGUUUUAACCAUCCGCUUCCGUUGGGCGCAAUCGGAAUCGUCUCUGCCAUCCUGGACGAUCUGAUCAAAACUUCCGAGAAACUGAAGGCUUCCAAACAGCAAAUCAGCCAGCUCCAUCAGGAAAAAACAGCCUGGGAACUCGGAGCAGAACCGUACAAGUGCGACAAUUCCCGCCUGCUGGCCGAGUGUAACGAGCUGCAUCUGGAGCUGGUCAAGCAACGGGACAAAUUCGUUCUGGCCAACACCGAGCUCAAGUGUCGGGUGCGAAAUUUGCAAACGGACCGAAAGCAGCUGGAAGAGCGAUGCUUACAGGCGGAAGCGAAAAUCCGCCAGCUUCAGUGCGGCGACAGUAAGUCCAAAAAGGAUGGUGCCAAUAUGCAACGAAAACCGUUUGUGUCCACAGUAAGGCCGGGCCAGUAUCAACCGGCCACCUGUUGUGGCGCUGAGAAACGGGAAAGCAAAUGCUGCUGUCCGUGCAACCAAGCCCGCAAGACGGAAAUUUUGCACGAAAUCGAACGGCUGCAGGUCGAGACCAAGAAUCAGGAGGAAGUGAUUGAGGCGUAUAAAAAGCAGAUUGAUUACCGUGACCGUGAAAUCCAACGAUUAGGAGCACUGUUUUCCGGUGGUCGCCCUGCAGCAGCUCUCGCAAAAGAUUGCUGCUAUCGUAAUGUGAACACGUUAGCAGAGGAUGUAAAAAGCCUCCAGGAGGAGAAAGCCUCCAUGCAAAACAAACUGACAGAAGCAGUGGAGUGCCAACAGAACGCCAGCAAGAAGAUCCAAAAGCUAGCCGAGCGCAACAAACAGCUGGAGCAAGAAUUGAAGGAAAUGGAGAAUGUUGCUCUUAGUGUCGAAUCAGAAGCGAACCUAAACAUCCUAGAUAAAGACAGGGAGAACUCCGACUUGCACAUAAGACUGCAACGUUCAAACAUGAAGAUAAAAGAACUGGAAACAUUGUUGGCAGCGAGGACCUCUGGAUCUACCCCAGUGAGUUCCUCGGUAUCGGCAUGCUCCUUAGAUUCGACUUUACAAAAUGCCCUAAAACAAGCAAAUGAAGAAAAGCGCGCCUUAUACAAGCAACUCAAUGAACUGAAGCAGCGUGAACAAACGUUCCUAACGGACUACGAAAAAAUCAAAUCAAAAUAUUCAAAAUUAAAACUCAAGCUCUCCAAUCAGAUUGCGUUCAAUACCACCGAUUGUAAUCGCGACAAUGCCGAGAUCGAAGAACUAAAACAAAAAUGUUCAAUACUGGAAGGCUCCCUAAAACAAGUGGAAUCUAAACGAGACCAACUUACGAGCGACAUCAAACAGCUACGUGAAAAUGUCACAAAACUGAAAGGGGAAAGCAUCGACAAAGAUCUCAAAAUAGCUCAAUUAGAAAAUGAACUAUGCCUGCAAAAGAAAGCUACAACCAACAAUGUUGCAGUUCCUGCUCGUUUACGGACGGCCGAAUCGGCUAUUUCCGGUCAGACAUCACUCUCGGUCCAAUCAGCGUUCCAUCGGGUAGAGCGUGAGAGAGACGCGGCCAAGAGUGAAGUACAACAGCUGAAAACAGAAAGGGACGCAUUAAGAAAUAAACUGAAAUUGGCGACUAAAAGUCAGGUGGAUGCCCAAGCUAAACAUGAGGAAGCCAUUAUCGGUUACAGCUCACAGAUCGCCAAAUUAGAAGCUGAGAAACGAGACUUGAUGUGCGGUCAAAGUUCUUUGCAGACGACGUUGCAUUUACUGAAAGAAGAGAACCGUGAGCUGCAAGAGCGACUGAAGGAUGUGGAAAGUAGUUUCAGCAAACUGAAAGUCAGCCAUUCAGAGCUGAAAAUCUUGCAAGAGCAAACGGAAAGGGCUAUGGUGCAGCACCAGAAUAGGUUGUUCUGUUCGGAAAAUCAACUCGGCAACGCUGAAGCUAAGUUGAAUCAGGUAGAUGGAACGAUUGAGAGUGCCCAGAAAGACAUCGGUAAACUGAGAGGCGACAUAAGCGUAUUGAAAGCAUCGAAUGCUUCGUUGCAGCGAGAGAAGGACAAGCUUCUGAUGGACCUGGACAAGAAAACGGAAAAACUCUACACCGUAGAAGCAGAGCUGAACACUUUGAAAACGAAUAAGGCUGACAUGAGGGACACAAUCAAUCGGCUUGAAAGGAAACUCGAGAACGCCAGCGUAGACAAUCUACAGAAAGACAGCAACCUGCGCAAUGUGGCCACGGAAACCGAUACGCUGAGAAAACAGGUGGCGACACUGAAGCGUUCGCACGAUAAUGCAGUCACAGAGAAUGGACGUCUAACCAACGACCUUAGCGACACUGCCUCGGAGCUGACGCUAACGAAACGAAAAUUAGCCGAGUGCCAGAAGGAGGUGGAACGCAUGAAAGCCCAACUGCGCGAAUAUGUUCAGGAAAUUCAGCGUGCCGAGGAGCUGCUGUGUAUCAAGGAACGCGAACGGGAAGAAAUGCUCGAACAUUAUAAAUCACUCUCCGAAGGAGUGAAUAUGCUUGAAGUAAGCAACCAUACUUUGGAGGCUGAAAGUGCAGAAGCCAAAAAGCUUCUUCAGGAAGCGGAAGGACGCAUCAACGGGUUGCAAGAGCGAGUUGGUCUACGUGAAGCUGAAAUUAAGUCCUACGAGGAGCAGAUUAAUGGACUGUCGAGCAAUAUUGUUUCGUUGGAAAGAGAGAUGGAGUGUCUCAAGGAGGAAAACGGCAAUCUUCGGGAGGACUUGGAAGCGACAAAGGAUCUUUGCAAUAAAUUGGACCUCCAGAAGGAUAAGCUCAACGCAGAGUUAGAAGAGCAUUCUAGCAUCCGCGAACAGCUGAACAAAGAAAAUGCAACGUUGAAGCGACAGCUUUCGUUGGCGCAUACUGGAGACAAAGCGGCGUUGCAUGGAUUGCAAGAACUGCUGGCAGCUAGUCGUGUGGAAGUCGAACAACAGCGAAUUGUUACCAAUCAAUUGAAUCAAGAGGUGAAGACAUUGAAGGAGCAGAUAGAGGAGUUGAAGAUGAAGUUGGACGAAGAGCAACGGAAUGCCGCUCGAAGUGAAGCACUGGCGAAUGAGUACAGUGUUCAGUUGCAGGAAUUGAGACGAAUGAUUACCGACGAUCGGUUCGCACAAGUCCAGACCAGAGAGGAGGAAGAUUACAACAGGAUCAAGCUUUAUUUGAAAUCUGAAGAAUUCCUCCAAAACUCCGACAAUCAAUUACAUCAAAAUGACAGUGUAGAAGAAUCAUUUGGUUCUGAUUCAUCCGAAAUCCCUCACCCACUCCAUUUCAUGGAAAGGUUGUGUAUUGCUUUGCGAAAAUCAAGCCCUGAUAUUGAUUUAUCGUCCACUGGAAGCAUGGUGCAAAAAGAUGAAGAAACAUCGAAGAAGUUUUCUGCUGUAGAUAAAAAAGCGAUUUUUAAUCAAUAUAACAUUGGUCAAACCACAAACCUACUUAGCAUGGAUAGCACCAGACAAAGCGUGGAGUUGCAGGAUGACCAUGAUGGCGUUGUAUUACAAGAUUCAAUAUCAGAUUCAAAAGGUUCAUUGGGAUAUGGAUCUAAAGAAAACGAAUUAGAAUUUGAAAAAAGUCAUCAACAGAAGUCUAAUACAUCUAAAGCAGUGCACACAAGUGAUCUCAAAGUGAAUCCUGAGGAACAAAAGUUGCCUGAACCACAAUUCUCGAAUAUUUCCGUUGCCGACAAAUUUAAUCCAAGUAAUUUGAAACCUUUUGAUAAUACCGAAGCGACACCAUCAGAUUUAAAAACAUCACCGAAAAAGGAAUCAGUUAAGCACCAGAGUAUACAAAUGAAUGGAAAAAAGGGUGACGCAGAUGUGCCAUCCGGUUGGAAGAUAUCUCGGUAUCGACGCUACAGUUCAUCGAAGCCUUCCAGUUCUCGAAAGCAAUCUACUAGUAGUACAAAUAAUCAUCCGAGGAUUUCGGUGGAAUCCUUUGAGACACAGAAUGUACCUUCAAGAAAACCUGAUUCAAAAGAAAUAGAAAAGAAAACAAAUCAGCAGAAACCCAAAUUUGAUCUGACAGGAGCCAACAAUUCACAAGGAAGUUUAGAACAGUAUGCAAGUGAUUUCAAAAAACUUGAAAGCCUUCCAUCACAAGCGUCAACUCCAAUCAAGGCUGGUACAUCAAAAGUUGAGCCGGAAAAACCCUCCGAUGGAUCCAUUCGGAAUGGAAAUCUGACUAUUUCCAAAGUUGGAGGUGUACUUCCAGAGAUUGUUCUCAAUGAUCAGAAAAGUGAUCAAUUUGAUCAGUCUUCUAUGAAACCGUUGAAAGAUCAAUUGAGCUUAGAAUUGCCUAGCUUUACACCAUUACAACUUGAUCGCACUGGUGAACAAGAGUCAAAAUAUGAACAAUUCAAAAAGAGUUUUUCGAAAAAUAGAAGCCAAAAACCUUCCAAACAAGACCUCACGUUCGGUAGAGAUCUCUCACUUGCAAGUGUGCCAACAAUUUCCGGCUUGAAUUUAACCAAUGAGUGUACGAAGGCUUUCUCGCCUACCCAAGGAGUCUCAAGUGCACACAAUGCUACUAAGGCAAUAGAGAAACCAGAACAAUCAACCUCCACCAAAGGCAGAAUAGAUGAGAAGGGUUCAACGGUCGUCAUUUAUAAAACAGCAGACGGCGAACGGUUGAUUCUGGCGGAUGACCAACGUAGAAAUGAGUCUGAUUACGAAACUGCACGUGACACCUCUGGCAGUGUAAUGGUAAUUGACGAUUUGCGCCGAUUUAAAACGCCAAUUAGGACACCCACCGUGCCAAGUGAGAAUGCUCCUUCCAGCUUGCCGCCGCCCACAGCUGGGAAAAAUGGUCGACUACGUUCACCGUCAGGGAGUCGCACCGUCAGUAACGAUGGAAACACUAGACUCAAUAGUAACACGAAGCGGUGUGAACAGCGAAAGUGGAGAGAAAUCUUACAGAAUCACCAAAGCCCAAAUUGUAAGCAGCAGCAGCAGCAGAAGCAGAAUAGCAAGCCGACUUCACCUCGAACAGGAGCGACGACUAACGACCGGAUAACGACGAUAAAUUAUGAAAUACUUGACACUCGCAGAAGACGAAGCGCUGAUGGUAGUGUGAAGACAGUCGAUGCGGACCGCAGCAGCAGAAGGUCCCUUCCUGUGAAGCAGACCGCGUUGGGUGGGAGCAGUGCGAAUCCUUCGAUUGAAUGCAACUAUGAACCAAAGACAAGCAAACUUAAUUUCAGAAUCAAAGUUCCGGGUAACCCCGGAGGCAAAACACCGAUGAAGAAUGUUGGCAAGAAAUAGUGUUUGACUGUA